AUGGAGCUGACAGCCUCAUAUGUUCGACCCAAGACCAGCAACUUCCUGCCUGCCAUCUCCACCAUGGCGUCCAGCUACCGCAACACGCAGCCCGCCAGCCACAGCGCUAACCAGUGGAGGACCAGCAGCUAUUACAAGAACAGUGGCACCAUCCCCGACUUGCAGCGAGGCAUCCCAGAUCUCAUCCGUGCUGACACCAUGUUCUGCCCGUCCAACCGGAGCACGUUGACCACCCGCUACACGCCCGACGACUGGUUCAAGGCCAACCAGGGCAACUACCGCCAGUCGGAGGCGUCGCGGAACAGUGCCGAGAGGCUGCGGCGCGACACGCUGCGACUGAUUCAAGACAAGGAGCAGCUGACGCGUCGCAUGCAGGAGAACAGCAGCAAGGACAUUGGCGAGCGCCUCAACGACAUCGCCUUCUGGCGUUCGGAGCUGAGCCACGAGGUCGACAAUGUGGCGGGAGAGACAGCGGCGCUGGCCGAGGUCAAGAGACGGCUCGAGAGGGCUUUGGCGGAGACCGAACAACCCCUUCAGGUGUCUCAGGAGUGUCUGUACCACCGGGAGAAGCGCAUGUCCAUCGACCUGGUCCACGACGAGGUCGAGAAGGACCUGAUCAAGGAAGUGGAGGUGAUAAAGUCCUGUCAGGGCAGGAUGAGGCAACAUGUGGAAAGAGCCGCAGCCCAGCUGGCGUUGAACCGAGCGGCGCAGCACGAGCUGGAACGAGACCUGAGCGACAAAGUGACGGCAGAGAGGAUAGACGGCCGCUGCCAUCACCUGAGGAACACGUCGGACGGCAUCGGCACCUUCCGCGGCAUCGAACGACUGGAACCCUCGCUUUCACUGCCGGAAUCGUGGUCCAAAUUUACAGACGACAACGUGCUACGCUCGCAGGGCCAGCGCGCCGCCUCACGUAAACUGCGCGACGAGAUCGAGGCACUACUCAAUGGCAUUUCCAGCGAAAUGUGGAGUCAGUUUAACAACGUCAAUGUGUCCUUCACCAGCCGUGUGGCACAGACGGCCGACGCCCGCAACAGUCUACAAACGCACUUGGCCAAGACCCUACAGGAGAUCUUCCAGACAGAGAUGCUCAUAGAGUCCCUGAAGAAGGCUCUGCGGGACAAAGAGAGCCCACUGAAGGUGGCCCAAACCAGGCUGGAGGAGCGCACCCGCCGACCCAACGUAGAGCUCUGCAGGGACAACCCGCACCAGAGGCUGGUGGACGAAGUGCGGGAGAUCGAGGACACCAUCCGCAAGCUGCAGGAGAGGCUGAUCGAGGCCGAGGGCAGCCUCCAGUCUCUGCUUAGGACCAGAGUGACGCUGGAGCACGACCUCUCCAUCAAGGCUAACUCGCUCUUCCUGGACCAGGAGAAGUGCAUGAGCAUACGAAAGACCUUUCCCAGUGUACCGAGACUCACGGGAUACACUUGA